AUGUAUGGAAAUAUUCAUCGCGACGGUUCACACAAGGGAACACCACACGAACCGUUCGCGCAGAAUACCGCGUUCGGCUGGAUUCUCUCGGGUCCUACCGUCGAAACCUGCCCCCGCAAUUCCGUACCCGCAUAUCAUACUAACAUUUCACCUAAUCUUGAGCAUACCUUAAAACAGUUCUGGGAACUCGAAGAUAUCCUAGCCCGCGUUCAUCCGAGUCCGGAAGACACCCAAUGUGAGGAGCAUUUUGUGACGACUCACUACCGCACCAUGGAAGGACGCUACGUCGUGCGUCUUCCCUUUAGAAAUGGCCCGCCUCGCGACCUUGGAGACUCUCGAUUCGCUGCGUUGAAGAGUCUCGAACGGCUCGAACGUCGUUUUCGAACCGACCCAUCGUUAGCAACGGAAUACACCGCAUUCCUUACCGAGUACGCAAACCUAGGUCAUAUGACUAAGAUAUUUCCUACCGAAUUUCCCGCCCAAGCUCCCGCGUACUACAUUCCACACCGUGCCGUGAUCCGUGAACAUAGCAAUACAACCCGACUUCGUGUUGUGUUUAACGCGUCGUGCAACACCGCCACCGGCAAAUCAUUAAAUAGCGCUCUUCAUGUAGGAGCAAAAUUGCAAACCGAUCUAGUAGCGGUCGUCCUCCAAUGGCGACAACCUCGAUUUGCACUAUCAGCGGACAUCGCCAAAAUGUAUAGGCAGAUUUUACAUCUCUGGUUGACGAAGUCUGAUUGGGAUGACGAGCUUCCCGCCGAGAUGUUGCGCGAAUGGGAAACAUUUCAAUUGACGUUGCUUCUCCUUGAGCAGUUAACUAUUCCGCGCUGGACGCAGUAUCAUCCGAACAACAGAAUUGAAUUACACGGAUUCGCAGACGCCUCCACGCGAGCGUAUGCGGCAGCGCUUUACCUCCGUGUCAUUUCGGGCGACGGUUGCAUUACCAAUACUCUGAUCCUUGCUAAGUCUAAAGUCGGUUAUGUUGGUCAGUUGUUCGCUCUACCACGGUACUGUUUUCCUAGACAGAGGUCUUCUCCUACUUAG